ACCCUUCCCGCCGCCACCGAAGCCUCUCUCUCUCUCUCGCUCGCUUGCCCGAAUGGAGCGGCCGCGCGAUGCGGCGGCGGCGGCGGAGGUCCUCUCGCUGUACGACGCGUGCUGGUUCCGCCGCCUCGUGCUCCUCUCUCCUCCCCCCUGUGCGGCUGCAGCUCAAGCCGAUGCGGUCGCGCCGCCUGUGGCUUCUUCUCCGCCGGUGGAGCCGCGGCGGGAGGAGGAGGAGGGGAGAGAGGUGAAGAGGUCUCCGUCGGGGAUGCUCCGGCACCGGCGGACGCGGAGCCACGAGGCGACGGCGGCGGCGUUCGGGGCGCUCGAGCCGCUCAGGAUCCCCGACGGCCACCGGGCCAGGCUCGAGACGAUACUGUCCGGGAAGGACGGGCUGCCCGCGCCCCAGCCGCAGCCGCAGCCGCAGCCGCUGCUGGAGCGGAGGAGGCCGGCGAUGCGGCGGCCCGGGAGGCGGCGGCAGAGGCGGGGGCGGAGCAUGUCGGAGCUGGAGUUCGAGGAGGUGAAGGGGCUACAGGACCUCGGGUUCACCUUCUCCGAGGACGACGUCGACGCCGAGCUCGCGUCCAUCGUGCCGGGCCUCCGGCGGCGUCGCUCGGACGAAGACGACACCAAAACCGCUACGGCCGCAGCGGCGGCGUCCGCCGAGGUGGAAUCUACUCGCCGGACCAGCUCUGCUCCGGCCGGCACCGCCUCAUCCUCAGCCCCAAGGCGGCCAUACUUGUCAGAGGCGUGGGACGACGAGGAGGAGGAGGUGAGGACGAUGCUACGCAACUGGAGGAUCCCGCCGGCCGGCGACGGCGCCGACCUGAAGCAGCACCUCCGCCUCUGGGCCCACACCGUCGCCUCUGCCGUCCGGUGAAGGUCUCCUCUCUUUGCAGUUUUGACCGAGCACUCGUUAAUUAAUUAAUUACUAAUGCAUGAUCAAGUGUAAAUAUUCUGCGAUCAUGUGUGUACAAAUUAGUUGCUUCUAGUUUUAUACCACAAAAUGUACGCAUUUCUUUUUGAGUUAAUUAAUUGUUACAUGUUUUUAGUUCAUAUCACAAAAUGUAAGUUUGUAUCAAUACGAAAAUCUUGAAAUAAACAUAUUUUUUUUCGCAACGAACGAAAAGAAAGGGAGAUGUGAAAUGAAGAGAAGAUUUGGGUGUAGUGUUAUGCA